AUGCGAGCACUAGUACUGGUUCCGUUGUUGUGCACUAUCGCAGGUCUGGUGCUAUCUUUUCUCUGCAUAUUCGCAGGAAGUAAGCCUGGAUUUAUGGAUGAUUACAACCUCGUGACUUUGAAUACGUCCACCUUGGGACACAAUCUCAUACCGAAUACUAAAACUCCGGCCGUUGUCAAUAAUCUGUUCCCUUUUAUCCCUCAAAAUAUAAAUGGCGCUACAAAUCAAUUAAAUGACAUUAUUGGUGAUGUGGUUGAUGAACUAGCACAUGACUUGGGUAUUAAUCAGUGGUACGGAUGGCAUGCUAUGAAUUUCUGCGAAGGGAACUACAAGCCGAGCCCAAAAGCGCGGCCGGUGAUGUACCAAGUCGUAGAAUGCUCGAACCCGACUUCAGGAUUUCACUUUAAUAUUGCCGAUGUGCUCGAUCAGCAACUUGGAAUGGGCCCUCUUCGCAUAAGUCUCAAAGAUCUUCAUUGGCCGGAUGAGAUCCAAAAAGUAAUCGAUCAACUCUCGACAGCCCUUCAAGCAGCAGUUGCCUUGUACUCAAUCAGUAUCGCCGCCACAGGCAUUCUAAUAUUUACCAGUUUAAUAACUUUAUUUGUCAGUAGCGCUACACUUCUAAUAAUGGCGAACCUUUUGCUAGCAGGUGUGAGCUUCUUAGCGCUUUUUAUAGCCUCUAUUAUAAUAAGUGUUAUUAACUCUAGGACGAUGAAGGUUGUUCAAGAGAAGGGAAACAUGAUUGGGGUUUACGCUUACAAGGGCCAAAAAUACCUAGCACUGACAUGGUGUACAAUGGCUGUCAUGUUGUUAGCUUUUCUAUCUUGGACAGUGAUAUUUAUCUUGGGACGAAAAGACAAACAUUCUCAAAAACCCGAAAAAACAUCUCUGGCAAAUAAAUUUAGACUGGGUGGCUGGCCCUAG